UGACAGAGUCGUCUUUUUGUAGUUGGUCAAACUGUGUCAGAGAAUUUCAAUUUCAAAAAUUCCAAGUGAGGUUAGUCGACUGAUCCAUACUCUUAUAAUAAAACCAGACAACUCCAGACGGAUUUUCGUUUUUGUUUUUUUCAAUUGACUGAUUUUUGACAAGCGUCGAUUUAUUCGAUCCGACAAUCACCACAUGUACGAUAUUUAAAUUUAUAUAUUAAAAACUAAUAUUUUUUUAAGUAUUGAAAUUGAGAUGGGCAUAAAUUUUGCAUACAGUCAUUAGCUAGUAUGAUAGGAUUAAUUGAAAUGUAUGCAAUUGCGGAACUGCUAAUUAAUUUGAAUUGACAGGUUGGAAAAGCGACACCUGGUGGCUACGGGAACCAAUAAUCCUAUUUCGUUGUGAUUGCAAUCAUUAAUUCUCCCCACUAGUAAAAUUUCAUGUUUUUAAGCAUGUGUGCAACAGUGACCUCACGAUUACAUCAAAAACCUCCGUAACUCCUUCUUCCUCACAACCUGAUUGGUACUGGCUGUACCAACCUACCAUUCAGUACUGCAGAGAGUGUAUUCCCAUUUUUUUACGGUAUACGUCAGACGUCAGUGUGUACGGGAUGUUACGGUCUCGCGGUGGUGAUGUCUCCUGGUCCGACGACCAACACGUACAACAAAAACGCACGAACUUUGGUGAAUAACGAAUCUCAAUGAAUGUGUCAAAAAAAUGAGAGUUUUAUGAGAACAAUAAAAAACGUCGCAUUCCGCGAUUUUUUUUCUCGAAGUGCUUGUUACGUGCGAACCCCGGAGCUGAGCACUGAGGAGCAAGGAUUUUAGAUAGUUGAAAAAGAAAACAUGGAGGGACCAGAAGUAACGUUUCUCUUUCAAUUUGGUCUCCUUCGAGACACAGUUAGCGUGGAGGCUAGUGCCUUAACGUUAAAAACCCUCAAGGAAUAUGCCUGUGAUUUCAUAAACACCAAAUGUCCGGACCACGGCUUGACUCAGCUGUUUGAAAGACUGCUGUUGUUCAAACAUGAUUACAGUUCAACUAAUAUACUUCAGCUUAUAACAAAUGCCACGGAAGUCGUUGACGAGACGCUGGUUGAAAUUGUUUUGACCGCCCAAGUGCCAAGCGAAGAAGUAGUAAUACGUCCCCACGCUCUGACGGUGCAUUCCUAUAAGGUGCCAACAUUUUGUGACUUUUGCGGUGAGAUGCUUUUCGGGCUUGUGCGACAAGGUCUUAAGUGUGAAGGAUGCGGAAUGAACUAUCACAAAAGAUGCGUUAUUAAGAUACCGAACAACUGUUUGCAAGAUGCAAACCAAAGAAGACGGAGCUCAACGCUAUUGAACGUGCCACGUUCACCGAGUCAGGGUUCCACAAGCAGUUUGAUAAGCGCUAGCGACGACAAUCAGAGUGUGAGCACAACGAAUACUACGAGCCAGAACAACAGCACAUUGCUCAUUCCGGCGAUCGUAACACCGAAACAGUCCCGAUCUCCGUCACUGGGUGGCCGGCCAGUUUGGGUCGAGCGCGAGCUUGCAACGCGGAUUAAGAUUCCUCACACAUUUGUUGUUCAUACUUACACGAGACCAACGGUUUGUGGACUGUGCAAAAAGCUCCUACGUGGUCUGUUCAAACAGGGAUUGCAGUGCAAAGAUUGUCAGUAUAACGCACACAAAAAAUGCGUUGAAAAGAUACCGAAGGAUUGCACGGGAGAGAAUCCCAAGGACGCGGGCGGAGCCGAGUACCCUGACAGCGAUGUGGGAAGCGAGCACGAAGGGAGAUUCGACGGUAGAAAUGAGGACGGCGAUGGCGACAGUGACGCAGAAUCCCCACCGCGACCUUCCCAACUUUCCUACGCGUGUGAAGAAAAUAAAAUUAACGGGGAAACGGAUUUAGUGCCAAUCCGGGACGACGCAUCGUCCGACGAUUCUCGCAAAUCCCGCCCAUCCAGUUGCAGCUCGAGUCCAAGCAACAACAUUCCACUUAUGCGAAUCGUUCAGAGUGUCAAGCACACAAAAAGACGCGGCUCAAAAGUUCUCAAGGAAGGAUGGAUGGUCCAUUUCACUAAUCGCGAUCGCACGAAGCGGAGACAUUACUGGCGUUUGGAUUCGAAAUCGAUAACGCUCUUCCAAAGUGAUAGCGGAUCAAAGUAUUACAGAGAAAUACCUCUCGCUGAAAUAUUGGGUAUCGAAACCGCGAGGUCACCGCUCACUCCGGAGUCAACGCACUGUUUUGAGCUACGAACUGCAAAUGUUGAUUACUACGUUGGGGAAGAAGGUGGGGCUGGAGUCGGUGGCCAAAUUCCUGCCCCUGAGAGCGGAGUUGGCGCUCAUUUGGCGAGAACGUGGGAAACGAGCAUUCGGCAAGCUCUCAUGCCGGUCACCAACGCACUUGCCAAUCAAGAACAAUCGACCGAGCCGGAAGAGAACGUCACGGACAUGUCGCAGUUGUAUCAAAUAUUUCCCGACGAAGUAUUGGGUUCCGGUCAGUUCGGCAUCGUGUAUGGAGGAGCGCACCGUAAAACCGGGCGCGCGGUAGCGAUCAAGGUGAUCGAUAAGUUGCGUUUUCCUACGAAGCAAGAGGCACAAUUGAAGAACGAAGUGGCGAUAUUGCAGAAUCUCUCGCACAGUGGAGUAGUGAAUCUCGAAAGAAUGUUCGAGACACCGGAAAGAAUAUUCGUCGUAAUGGAGAAGUUGAAAGGCGACAUGUUGGAGAUGAUAUUGAAUUCGGAGCGGGGAAGAUUGAGUGAGCGAAUAACGAAAUUUCUCAUAACACAAAUUCUUGUAGCGUUGAAACAUUUGCACAGCAAAAACAUCGUGCACUGUGAUCUGAAGCCGGAGAAUGUGCUGCUGAGCAGUAACAGCGAUUUCACGCAAGUGAAGCUGUGCGAUUUUGGCUUCGCAAGGAUAAUUGGUGAGAAAAGUUUUCGCCGAAGCGUCGUCGGCACACCGGCUUAUUUGGCGCCUGAAGUUUUACGCAACAAAGGAUACAACCGUUCGCUCGAUAUGUGGAGCGUCGGCGUAAUCGUUUACGUCUCGCUCAGUGGAACUUUUCCAUUCAACGAGGACGAGGACAUUAACGAACAAAUACAAAACGCCGGCUUCAUGUAUCCCCCGAAUCCGUGGAAAGAAAUAUCCUCCGAUGCUAUCGAUCUGAUAAACAAUUUGCUUCAAGUUAAACAGAGAAAACGUUACACCGUUGACAAAAGUUUGCAGCACGUUUGGCUCCAGGAUUAUCAAACUUGGUGCGAUUUGAGACAACUCGAGGUACAAGUUGGCACGCGCUAUUUGACCCACGAAAGCGAUGAUCCCCGAUGGAUGGCUUACGCCGGUCAGCGUACAUGACACAACUAUUUGCCUAACGUGAACAUCGAAUCACCGACGAAUCCUCAACCGCUGCAAAAAGGAUGGGCUCGCAGCGCUCGGGCCACGUUACGCCGCUUCAUUCGUGCCUGAUAAAGAAUAAAAUAAAACGAACAAUCUUAGAAGAAUACGGCCACGAUUCACGAGAAUCUCGGACUUGAGAAAAAUAUCUCCUUCCGAAAAGCCGUAUCACCGUUAUCGAGUGAAAACAAAUCUUUUUAUUAGAUAACCAAGAUUAUAUGAGAGAUAGUACAGUUGAAUCGGCAAAUUAAUUUAUUUCGCGCGCGAUAAACACUUUUAGAUCUGAAAAUAACAGUAUCUUAUAGCUAGACGGUGAUUGGUGGCUCGUGCAACGUGACAAAAAAUAUUUUCACUUCUAUUCAUUCGUCACAAGCGGCCUCUAAACUUCUUCACUUGAAAAUUAAUCAUCUUUGAAGCUUCUUUUGCCUCUAGGAAAACAAAAAAAUGGGAAAAAAUGCAUCAGGCAACAAUAUUUCAAUGAUAUUACGAGUUAAUCUCUUUGCCCUAGUUAUUGUAGACGAUUUUUAUGAUCUCUAGAGAUUAACAAGGGCCUUGGGCCUUGAAUAAUGUAUAAAUUUUCGAGGUUUCACGACCCAUGCGGCGUUGAAUUGCAUUUUCAGAGAUUAAAGAAGUUCGGAUAUCAAAAAAAUCAUUGAAAAUUACGAUUUACAACGAAAUAAUAAUUUUAAGGAAUUUCAAAAUCACGGGCUUACGAGCAUCAUCUCAAUGAGAGAAUUGAAAAAUCUUUGAUAAUAAUUAAUAAUAAUCUCAUUGAAAAUAAGAUUAAUUUAGAUUAAAAGAUGCAUUGAAAAAUCAAUUUGGAAAUUUUUUAAAAUUCAUUUUAUUGGCAAAACAAGCGCCCAUUUCUGUUGAAUUUUUUCUCACGAUGAGCCGCGAUCACUCUUUGGCUUCUUAGUCUUCCGAUAAUCGAGUAUAAAACUUACGAAUUAUCCAAUUAUUGAAAGGGUUUGUGCAUUCCGCGUUAAUCUUCAUUCCAGACAUUUCCUGUUUGUAGGAAGAAUUGCGUAAUAAUUAUUCGGCGAGCCGGAUCGAAAAACCUCAAAAAAUGAAUAUAAAAUUUCAGAAUUCAGUUCAUUUUGAAUAUUUCGUAUAAGAAAUCGAGGCUUUUAAUUUUCGUAUUUGUCAUUGGUUCACUGCCAAGUUUUAACGAACCUGUGGAAUUAUUUUUCCUCUAGAAUUUAACCGUCGUGCCAAUUUUCGUCGACUGGAAGUAACGUUUUUCGCUAGAUCUUAAAAUAUGAAUUUUAUUUCAUCUGCCAGUUCGUCUCAAAGCACAAAGCUCGUAAUUUUUAAGAACCCACUCACAGCAGUGACGAUUCAAAGGAACGUUUCACUUAGGGAUGCUUUCUCUAAUACGUACGAGAGGCAAAUUAUGUUCAAAUAAAUGAACAUAACAUCACUUUUUAUGAGAAAAGAUUUGACGAUAAACAUUCUCGAUUAGGGAGUACGAAAAAUCUGCAAUACACUGUUUGUCCUGUAAUUAAAAUCAAAGAUCUGCGAUGCUUGGCUGUUAAAUACUGAAAAGCUUCGGACUGCUAGAAAAAAUAUUGAGUGUAUUGCCAUCAAAUAAUUUUCAACAGAAAAAUUGAAUAUUUUUCAACGAUUUUUCACUCAAUCGUUGUCGAUUGUGCUUAAUGAGUGUAUCGUUGAAAAUGAUCGAAGGAAUUUUCCCAAAUUACUUUUGCAUUGAGCGCGUAGAAUAAGGAGAAAAGAAAAAUGUGAGCUCAAAUUUUAUACGAGCAGAGACGAGAAAUUUUAACGAUUUUCAUCAUUCGUGAUGAAUGAAAAUAUUUUUCGAUUAGGCAAACUCGUUUCGUGAGCGAUCACCGCUUGCUUGACAAAACGAGGAUCGCACAGACUGGAACAGCCAAUUUAUUCGUUAAAAAAGUUAAAAUAACGUGAAAUAAUGUAAUGAAAAGAAGGAAGCGAAGGAAAACCAGUAACAAUACGAACAAAAAUUGCGUAGGUUAAGAAUUUUCUGUUGAAAAUCAUGAUAUAUUUCAAUCGAUUGAAAACGAAACGUACAAUACGUGACCUGGUUGUGGGAUCUGACUAAUUUUAAUACUCUCCGUUACGUGUCGCAAUUUAUUUAGUGCUUUUUUAUAUAAUGAAUUUUUAUUUAAAAGUUUGUUACCACGAAACAAAUCAAACAUUUACAUAAAUAAUUUAGGAAAUUGAGCUUUAAGCUUUUUUUUUGUUACGUCGAAAUAAGCGACACCUUUUAUUGGAUUCAAGUGCGUUGCUUUAUAGAAGGGAUAUAUGCUAACGUUGAACAUUGUAAAUCCCUCGAAUAGAGAGUAACUAUUGCAAACAACGGUGUUUCUCCCGUGUCUGAUAUUUACCGCGACGAAUCAUUCCAAAUAACUUUUUAUUCUCAUUCAAUCUGAAAAAGCAAACAUUCCACCCAGUACAUUUUUUAUUAUUAUUAAUGUCACACUCGAAGCGAUUGCAUCGUUUGUAGAACGAGAGAUCUGAAUUGAAAUUAGCACAGACUAUUAUAUAUAUAAACGAAAAGAAAAAUAAAAAAUCUAAGAACGGGUAAUAUUCGAGCUCGAAAUAUUCUUCGACUCGUCACGAAUCGUCUGAACAUGCUACUUCGGACACGGAUUAGUUUUAAAGUAAAUUAUAAAUUUUACGAGAUUAUUCGACUGUAUUGAAAUACACGAAACGUAAAUGUUAUUUACCAAUUUAAA